AUGGGUGUGGAGAAGAAUGGAGAGCUCUACGCUUGGGUCGCCUCUAAAGAGCUUUCAUCAGAGUCCGAAAACAGACAGGUGAUCCAUCUCGUCUCCGGCCCGGGAUCCCGCCUUUCCGUCCUCUCCGCGACGCUUGUGGGAUUUGCUAUGUCGGGCGCUUACGGGACGUGGCGCCUGUCGGGUCAGGUGGCGAUGAUCUGCCGGCAAGAGUGUCCAAACUUGCCAGAAGUACCGAUAGUCACUUGCUUUUUUGACUCGAAUAUUCCGGUGCAGUUGAUGGUCGCAUCCAUAAACUCUCACGCCGGAUCUUCGGAUGACGAGUAUCCGAAUCUUGACGCGAAAGCUUUCGCGAGAAUGAUAGAAAAGAAUAUCGGGCUUGGAGAGCCCACGGAAAUUGAAGAACGUGUUCUCAAUGAAGCUGCGUUCUACAGGCAACCAACAGAUACUCCGGCUGCACGACAAGCGAGCCAAACAAUAUACACAGUCCUCCUUCCAAAGAAGAUUCAAGAGAUCAAGGACGAGGAAAUAUUUCAGAAUUUUCGGCCUCCUACUGCAGGGCUGGAUGACCCAAUGCUUACAGCCCCGGCGAAAAACGACGAUCCGUUUUCUGCUUUGGCCGUACAGACCAAUUUCCAGAAGACUUCAGUUGCAAGAGGUCUUUCAGCUCCUCGAGAUACCACUGCUGCGUCCGUUCAACUCUUUUUGUUCACCUCCAGCUGA